GUGUCAAUAAUGAGUCAACAACAACAAAAUAACCAAAAUGCUAAAAACGUUUAUGUGCCAAGUGAAGUUAAAAAACCUUGGUAUGUCACCGAGGAAAUGAUGUCUCGGCGAAUUACUUGUGAGAAGCGCCCAAUGUCUUUAAGCAAGAAGGAAAAGAGAGAAUAUCGGGAAAGAAUGAUUCCAAUGCCGAUUACGACUCUUGAGGAAUAUAACGAGUAUCAAAAAAUUCGUCUUCCUCCAAAGGAAGAGAAAUAUCCUUGGAAUAAGAAUGCUUGUAAUACUUCUGGUGCUGGGACUAGUGGGGAGGCUGCUUUGGAUGAUUAUCGAAAAAUUCUUAAAGACGAGGUAGUCCCUCAAAGUGCUAUUGAUGAUUGGAAGAAUCGUGAAGGUGGGUGGGACAAUAUGCAUUAA